UUAAAUAUAAAAAAGUUUACUCACUCACAUGAGUAAUUGAGUAUGUAUGUGACUCAUCCAAAGCAAGAGGAGAGAGAAAAUUGCGAAAAAUCUUCGCGCUAGUCUCAAUCGAAUCAUUUUAUCUUCUUUUUUCUUCUUCUUAUUCUUCACGAUUUUACUAAAAAGUUUACAAUUUUCCAGAAUCUUCUUGUUCAAUCUACUGUUAUUGAAGGUGAAGUUCACUUUUUUUCUCUGAUCUUAGUGAAAGUUCUGUUUUUUAGGGUUUUGUGAUUUUUGUUGAUUUGUUGUUGUUUUGAAGAAUUUGGGGGGUUUUGGGGGAGAUUUAGGAUUUUGGGUUUGUAAAAUAGGGGCAUAAUUAUGGAGGGUAGUGAUGAAACUGGGGUUAUGCAAAGAAUUCAGUCAUCGUUUGGGAAUUGUUCAUCUUCAGUUUAUAAGCAAAGUGUUAAUCAAUUGGGAAUUAGUGGUCAAAUGCAGAAUUUGAGUGUAUUAGAAGGGAUUAAUCAGAGUAAUUAUAGUGUUAAUAGUAGUAAUAGUAAGAGACCUGCUGGAAUUCCUCCAUCACACCCACAUUCUAUAUCUCCCAGAAUUGCUCCCCAGCAAGUUGGGGGUAGUCAGAAUUUUAGUUCAGGGCCGACGCAUUCGCGGUCGUUGUCGCAAUCGUCGUUCUUUUCUUUUGAUAAUUUGCCGCCGUUGAGUCCCACGGUGUUUAGGGAGGCUGGAGUGCCGAAUUCGGGGUGUAAUGAGGUUUCUGUGGAGGAGAAAGAUGGUGGGUUUAAGGGAGGAAGUGGGGUUUAUGUGAAUGAGGGGUUACCGCCUCGUAGAGGACAUAGACGGUCUAAUAGUGAUGUUCCGUUGGGGUUUGCUUCGAGUGGGAAAGCUCCGGUGAAUCAGUUUAUGGCUAAGGAGAAGGAGAAGGAGAAGGAGAGGGAGAAGCCGGCACAGCUUGUGUUGAAGCGUGAGGCCGAUUGGGGUGGGGCGGCGGGGAAUGCUGGUGGUGAAGGGGGUGGUGAGAGGAAAUCUGAGGGUGAAGUGGUGGAUGAUCUGUUCUCAGCUUAUAUGAAUUUGGAUAAUCUUGAUGCUUUGAAUUCGUCGAGUAUGGAGGAUAAGGAUAUGGAUAGUAGGGCGAGUGGUACGAGGACUAAUGAUAGUAGUGAGAAUGAAGUUGAAAGUAGCAUUGCUGGGAAUUCUCAUGGUGUUCAUGGGGCUACUUCAAAGAGAGGCAAAAGAUGUGCCACUGGAGAUAUUGCUCCAACUGGUAGGCAUUUCAGAAGUCUUUCAAUGGAUAGUUUUAUGGGGAACCUGAAUUUUAGUGAUGAGUCGCCCAAGCUUCCACCUUCGCCUGGUAUUCGGUCAGCUCAGCAUUCACCUAGCAAUUCAUUCGAUGGGAAUAACAGUCAAUUCAGCUUGGAGUUUGCCAAUGGUGACUUUAGUCCUGCAGAACUGAAAAAGAUUAUGGCAAAUGAGAAAUUAGCUGAAAUUGCAAUGUCAGACCCGAAGCGUGUAAAGAGGAUUUUAGCCAAUCGCCAGUCAGCUGCUCGUUCCAAGGAACGGAAAUUGAGAUACAUUGCAGAGUUGGAGCAUAAGGUGCAAACAUUACAGACAGAAGCUACUACACUUUCUGCUCAGCUUACACAUCUUCAGAGGGAUUCUGCUGGACUUACUAGUCAGAACAAUGAGUUAAAAUUCCGUCUUCAAGCCAUGGAGCAACAGGCCCAACUUAGGGAUGCUCUCAAUGAAGCACUUUCAGCAGAAGUCCAGCGUCUGAAGAUUGAAGCUGGUGAACUCAGAGGUGACACCCCUCAGAAUUGCUUGCCCCAUCAGGUAAUGUCAAAUAACCAGAUGCUGCAGAUGCAGCCUUCUCUAUACAACAUGUACCAGAUGCAGCAGCAACAAAACAACCAAAAACACCAACAGGCACCACAACAGACCCAAGAGCAUCAACAAAGCCAGUCUACAGAGUCUCAGCAAGAUGCCAAGGCUCCAAAGAGUUAGAUAACAUGGUAUCUUUUCAGAAGUUGUUGGCACCUUUCUAAGAUGAUUAGCAGUCUGAUAGCGUAUAUAUGUUAUAUAUGUGUAUUUACAGUAUAUCCCAAUUCAUUGUCAUGAAAUCUAUUCAUUUAAUCUUUAGUUCGGCUUAAAUCAUUGUUUUGUCGACUAUGAUGAAAACUAUAUCUAUAUGUAUGACAUAAUUUAAAAGCAUACUCGGAGAAUAGAUGUAUGUGUAUUAUUGUCUUCACUGACACUUUAUGGCCAGAUUGGAUUGUUUAGUACCAGUAAUUAGCUUGACAUCUAUCGACUUUCAGUAUUUCAGCAGUCAAGCUUGUACAGUAUAAAAUAGGUUUGAUAUGUUCUUCAA